ACGAUCGAUCGAUCGAUCCAGCGUCCAGCAUCAUCGAUCGGGUCGGAUCGAUGGCGAAUGACGAUGAUGAACGAAUACGAAAAGAAUAUCGAUGGCGACGGUGAACGAAACCGAUAAAAAGUUUUAAAGAUGAGCGUGAGCGAGCGGUGGGGCCGGCGCGAAACGAAGAAGGAAACGAGCGAACACGAUCCCCGGAACAACCGCCCGGAAUUGAAUUGUAAAUUGUUUAUCCUUAAUUUGCUUGCACCUCAUCGGGGGCGCAACCAACAGCGUAACAGCAUAAAACCGAGACAGAAAAAGUGCACGAGAUCAAGAGAAAGAAGAAAAGAAAGAAAGAAAAAGAGAAAGAGAGAAAGAAAGAAAGAAAGCAAGCAAGAAAGAAAGAAAGAAAGAAAGAAAGAAAGAAAGAAAGAAAGAAAGAAAGAAAGAAAGAUACAAAGAGAGAGAGAGAGAGAGAGAGAGAGAGAGAGAGAGAGAAAGUCCCCGAAUCACAUCACAAUCUCAUGCGCGGGGGGUCGCAAAAUCGAACGAUCAAUCGGGCGAAAAGUUGAUGGAGUUAGAGAUUGUGAUGUUUUCUGUUUGUUUUUUCCUGUGAAACUCCCUCUCCUUGGACCUUCACCCGAUGGUGGGGCCAACCUGAAAUGAAAGAGAUACCUCAAAGAUACCACCCCCAGAGAGGAGAGUAGUACCCGUGCGUUCCGGCGUGGCAUUCGAUUGUGGCCAAUGGCGACAAUUGAACGACGCGCGCCAAUGACACGAGGACGAGCACCAUGCAUCGUUGGUGAAGAAUACAGCGAAACCAAUCGGGCGGGUCGCUACUAAGAACGGAUACGGCGAACGAGAUACGGACAGAGACCGACUGUGAAGGAGAAUAAUAUAGACUUUUGGACCUCAUAUUCGAAUGAGGCGGAGGAAGAGUUGAUGUGGGACUGUUUUUUUAUCAUUAUUAUUAUUUAAACAGCGCCUAACGCUUGCAUUCGAAAGAAGCGGCCCCUUUUGGGCCCUGCACACACCGGCUUAACGCAUGGCAGAGACCCAUGAAGCUGACUGACGCACCCCUACUAACCGGGGUUUUUCGAUACCCGAAUAGUUCAUUCGGCUGACCACAUUCGAUGCCAGGAGAAGCUGGAAGGAAAACCGCAUCCAGCCACGAAAACUUUGCGUCACGGGCACUGAGUUUUCGGAUCCUUUCCGAUUCUUUCGAGCUCUUAGUAAUGAUGCCCGCGUGUUUUUCUUUUGUUUUCUCUUCCGUGUUUGAGUUUCGCGUUCCCUAUCAAUUCUUCCCCCGCUCGGAAGUGUGUCGCUAACUGAUUUUAGUAGGUGUAAUUUUAAUUUAUUGUUUCCCUUGUUUCCCUUGUUCCCCUGAAUUAUGUUUUUUGUCAUGGUUAAUUUAAAAAGCUCGCCGAAUGCGCAAACCGAGUGGUGCCGCACAGCGAGCAAGUAGUAGAAGUAACUAUGAAACGAAGCGAAAGAGAUGUGAACAGUAGGGUCACAGUGUGGGUCGCCUGUCGCAAAGUAGAAAACAGAGCUUUCAGGGACAGCACAGAGAGCGAGAGAAGCACAGUAUGUGCGCGCUGCGGAGUGACGCAGACGCAUCGGAUGAAUGGACGGAAGAAUGCUAGUUUAUUUCAAUUUCCUAGACCGAUUAUUGGAAGUAAAAGUCGUAGCAAAAUGGGGGAAGCCCCCCGGAACGGGAGAAGGGGACGGGUUUUAGGAAAGAAAAUGGGUGGACAGUGAGCGCCGUGGAUGACUGACAAGCGCGGCGCAGGCGAUUAAUGCCGCCUGAGUUUUGAAUCUUACCUUUAUGCAUGGUGACUGGCAAUGGAGAGAAAACACCGUUGAUCGUUCGUAGAAUGACAUCCCCGCGAGGGUAGGCAAAGCAUGGAAGGAAGGCCCACAAGAAAGAGCAAGAAAAUUGCAUCGAAAGAUGAACUCGAAAAAUCGUCAAAAACAGCUCCGAGUCAAUCCCGCGACGACAGAAGCGCGCGCGAAUGAUCAUCCUAAUUUAAUAAGAUUUAGUAUUUAGUGCGUUUAGUACGUUAAGUAGGAUUUUUUCGAAAGAUUUUGCAACUCUUUCCUCACAGUCUCCGAUUUGGUUUCGAUGCUUCUACCUUUUCGUUUGAACAUUUUCCUUUUGUUUAUUCCAAUUUUUCCUUUCGUCUGUUUUCUUUUUUUUGUUUAAAAGUCACUCUUUUUUUCCACUGCCUGCAGCACCCUUUCUUUGUGCGUUUAAGUGUAAACGCCAUUUUGUGUGAUUGUGAUAGCGCGACAGGACACAGGAUUGAGUGAAAGUAGAGAAACCCCAGAAACGCGGAUUGAACAAACGGAAAAGAAACGAAAACGGAUCUGGCUCAGAGGAAAGUGAAACUUACAGCGGAAAAAGAGUAAAUGAACCUAGAAACGGUUCUACGAGGUGUGCGCGCGAUAAUGCUGAAUGUUUGUCUUGGCCGUAUUGCUGUUUCGUUCACAAUUUUUGUUUAUGUUUUCCUAUCCUUCCCUAUUGGCAAAUGACUUUGCUUCCUUGUCUUUUGAUCCCUUUCGGAGAAGAUACAAAAAAAACACACACUCAGACACACACAAACGGAAACAUACCACGAGCGCCAAAACGCGCGGCGUCAAACGAGAAUCACAACACACUGUGUACGGGGGAAGGUGUUUGAGUUGUUAAUGGAGCGAAGGUGGGCGAUCUUCGGGCGGUUCUGGACCUGUGCGUCGAUCAGCCUCAGAGAGAGAGAGGGAGAGAGAGAAAGAGAGAGAGAGAGAAUGCGGAUGAAUAAAUG